AUGUUUGAUGCCAAGAACAUGUUGGCUGCCUGCGAUCCCUGCCAUGGCUGCUACCUAAUGGCAGCUGCCAUUGUUGAUGGCUGCAUGUCCAUGAGGGAGGUGGAUGAGCAAACGUGUAACAUCCAAAACAAGUAUAGCAGCUACUUUGCUCAUUGGAUCCCCCACAAUGUGGAAAGAGCUGCUUGUGACAUCCCACCCCUUGAGCUAAAAAUGUCUGUUACCUUCAUCAGUAACAACACAGCCAUCCAGGAGCUGUUCAGGUUCAGGUGUAUCUUGGAGCAGUUCACAGCCAAGUUCAGGUGCAAGGCCUUCCUGAGCUGGUACUCAGGCAAAGGCAUGCAUGACGUGGAGUUCGCUGAGGUCGAGAGCAACAUGAACAACCUGGUGUCUCAGUAUUAA